UCUGUGAAACGUUUGAGGUUAUGUGCUCGUGCUGUUCCUGUUUAUAGUGUUUAUCUUUAUAUUUUUCUCAUUUGUGUUUAGAAUAUUAUAUAAUUGGAUUUUUUAUACUUAAUAUGACAUCAAGAUUGAGUGCUUUACCAGUUUUCUUAGUUCGGCUUCAAAGACCAAGUCCGUUAAUUCAAAGCCGAGGUUUCAAACGAUGGCUUCGACCAACUCUACAAACGCUGAAAAAGCGUAAAGAAAAAAUGGAUCCGGAGCCUCUCCCAAGAAGAUCUUCGUUCACGGACUGGAACUACAAAUCAGAACUUUUUGCCUUUGGAAAACGACUAGGUGAGGAUUUAAAUUUGGAUGUGCUUCGUGCUGCAGUUACUACUAAAGAAUUUGUUCUAAGCGAAAUGGAUCAGCAAAAGGCUGUUGGGAUUGAGGUUGAUACUCAAAUAAAUGAUAAUAGUAAAAUGAUAGAAGAAGGUAAUGAAAUCAUACAUAAUUAUGCUUUGAAUUUCAUUCGUUCCGCUUUUCCAAAGUUUCCCGAGGAAGGUGUCAUUGCAGUUCUAAACUACCUGUCAAACGACGAGAAUCUAAGUACACUUGCCGAAAAACUGGGCCUUGCUGAUCUGAUGUUGACAAUUGAACAUCCAGUUGACACAGUCAACUUGUCAAAUGGUUUCAGAGCAGUGGUUGCUGCAAUAUCGGAGAGUUCAGGUGUUGAUAGGGCUAAUCUUUUUGUGAGGGAUUUUGUUAUGACUCAACUGGUCGGUAAGAAUAUCAAUGAACUGUGGGAAAUCAACGAUCCAUUGAGAGUACUGUCCAGUAUCCUGCAAAGAGAUGGAAAGCAACCUUUUGAGCCAAGAAUAGUUGCGGAGGCUGGUCGAAAUACGAUUUUAGCCAAUUACCAAAUAGGGUUGUAUGUGAACAAGGAGUUGAUAGGUCUUGGUUCUGGUGAGAGUAUUAAAAUUGCUACCGAGAUGGCUGCCCGUGAUGCGUUAAGAGAACUCUUUGAUACUACAGAAUCGAUGAAACCGGUCAAUUUUGACGUUGAAAGUUUACCUCAAGCAUUUGCUAAUUUUAGUAUUCAAGACUGGAGUCAGAAAAAUGUUGAAAAACUAAUGAAGACUAGUCAUUAGAGAUUAGAUUUAUCAUUGUUUAAUUAUAAUUUCGUAGUUUCAAUAAAAUGUGUAUGUAUAUCAACAAAUAUGAAGUUUAAUAAUUUUAAAUUAUGAAUAAAUCUUCAUUCAAAACAU